AUGUUUCUCCACCAUCUCACAGCCCUCUUGGCCCUCCUCAUCACAACAGUCACAUCUAUCCCCGCAGACCAACAACUCUCCAAACGAGCAAAUGGCGCCCGCACCGUCAUGUACAUACAAACAUUUCGCACCACCUCUGGGGGAAAACUCUCCCUGCUCCCUCUGACUCAACAAAAGACCCACAUCACACACAUCUACCUCUCCGCCUUGCAUAUCAACUCCCAACCGGGAGAUAUCACCCUCAACGACCACUCCCCCAACGAUCCCAUCUACAACCCCGUCUGGUCCGAAGCCGCCCAACUGCAAAAACAAGGCGUCAAAGUUAUGAUGAUGAUGGGCGGUGCCGCCAAAGGAACCUAUCCCCGAUUAUGUUCCGGUCCGAAUGGAGGGAUUAAUGAAGCAUACUACACUCCCCUCCUACAAACCCUCCGCACCCACAAAAUCCAAGGUCUAGACCUCGACAUCGAAGAACCCAUCCCAGUCUCCUGCCCCUUGGCUCUACUCCGCCGUCUAAACAAAGACCUCGGACCCUCCUUCAUCCUAACCCUCGCCCCCGUAGCCUCAGAUCUCACGCCGCGAGAAAUCGGGCUCUCAGGCUUCAACUACAAAGACCUCGACCGCCAAGCCGUCGCGCCCAACAAACCCAACGGCAAACUAGUCAAUUGGUACAAUGCUCAAUUCUACAAUGGUUGGGGCGAUGGCAGUUCCCCAGCGGGAUACAAUUCCAUCAUCGCGAAUGGUUACGCCGCUUCGAGGGUUGUCAUGGGCGUGCUGGCGAAUCCUAACGAUGGGGGUAGUGGAUGGUAUGGCAUCGCGACGUAUUCCCGUACCAUUGCUGCUUUGAAGGCGAAAUAUGGAGGAGACUUUGGAAGUGUCGUGGGUUGGGAAUUCUGGGAUGCGGGCGAGAGGGAUUCUCCUGCUUUGAGGAAUUGGGAGUGGGUGAAGAUGGUCGGGCAGGGGAUUUUUGGGGCGAGGUCAGGGAGGGAUUUACUUGUAGGGAGUGAUGGUGAUGGUGGUGGCAGUGGGUCAUCAACGGAGGGAGCGAAUCAGGAUGUACCGGGUGUCGGAGAGGUUCCUUGGCCUGAUCUCUUGAGUGUUUUGAUGGGUAAGGGGGUGAGCGAUUUGGAGGGAUUGAGGGCGUUGAAUCGCACCGAUGGAGAUUUGACAAAGGCCGCGGAUUUGUUGGGCUUGGGGGAGUUGGUGGGCGAUUUAUUGGAUGGGCUCACGGAUAUUGUGGGUGGCAUUCUUUGA